AACGCGAACGUUGUACCGGUAGAGGGCAGCAUUCAAUUCUAUAGCUGGAACGUUAACAAUACUUGCUCCCGACGCAGAUCCGGAGAUUUGGUCCAAAUUCUAAUUAAAUCGGUAAUAAUUAACGUUAAAAGACUGAAAUAACCCCUUUAAACGAGCUGCAAAUGCAGCAAGACUACAGUUGAUGAUCGAGCAAACUUGGAUGAUAAAAUGGCUGGGACUGAGAAAACUGCACAAGACGAUGUUUCAAAAACAGAUCCCAAGCCUUUUGAUGCAAGCCUUUUCUUUCAAAGUGAAGCAAACAAGCCCUCCUCACCAAGUUUUCCUGUAGAGAGUCCCUUCAUGGAGCAUCCUACUUGUACACCUCAAAUCAAUAUGGAACAAUCUAAUGAUAAAACAAGAGGAAAUGAAGAGGAAGGAAUGGGUCAGAACAAACCUGCUCUGCAGGAACCAGUUGUAAAGGACACGCAGCCAUCAGUAGCAAGCUUCUUUGCUAAAGACCAGGGCUUGACUCAGAGCUCUGGAAGCUUCUUUGAUUCAUUUGCCAGUGCGCACGGAGAUGAGAACGACUUGUUUUCAACACCACCCUCAUCCAUUGGAGCGACACCGGUGUCACCAGAAGGUGGGGAGUUUAUGAAGGAUCCUCUAGGCUUAUCGGAUGUAGUCCCAACGAAUAUGGUAGAUAUAGCUGGAAAUAACAGCGAGACGGUGAGCAUUGACUCCACAAAUCUGCUCACUGAAGAAGAUGCUAAGAUGGGGAGUGGGAGUAAUAUGGACACAAUGAGCAUGGAUUCAACAAACCUUUUGUCAGAGGAGGACAAAGAUGAUCAAAGCAUUGAUCAGGGGAAUGAGAGCUUUGAAGCAAAGAAUGACCUGAUGGCGGAUGGAGAAAUAGAAUCUGUGAAGGGAAGACUUGAGACGACAAUCUCCCUUGAGAGUCCUGAGACCGAGGCAAUGGUGAUGGAAGAAGGUAUACACAGUGCUGCAGCCAUGUCAGACCAAGGUGUCAAGGAUGUUCCUGCUGCUGGAGGAAAACCUCCAGAGACUGUUCCUGAUCAGGUCUUAAUUGAUGCUGGCACAAGCUUUGGUGCCGAAGAUAAUAAUACCAUUCCUGAUACGCAGUUGGGAUCUCCUUAUGAAUCCAGCACUACACCACCACUAUCACACACUUCCCAAGAAGAUACUGUCACUGACUCAACAGAUUCGCUGGGGGUUCCUCCACCCCUUGUAUCAUCCUUCAGUGCUCCAUCUGGUCUUGUCAAUCCCAACCAUGUCAGGCCACACGUGCCGUUUCAGUCCACCACAUCCCAAGAAGAUGAUGAUCCAUUUGUGGAAGCACUCCGAACCAGUGAGAGUGAUCGUCGGCACGAUGCAUGGAUACCAUCAGAAGCCACUCAAAGGAUCUUGGAGAAUCGUAGUAUCGCUCAGCAAGGAUCAGAAUACGUGAUCAGGGAUCAGCUUACUAUGCCUGGUAUAAUUGUUGAAGAGCCACAGGGUGAUCCAAUCAAAGAGCUUGUUCAGAGAUACAUGGGUGAACAGGAAUCGUCAAAGAGAUCCAUGCUCACUGUGAAUCAAGUCACGAGAGAUGAACAUGGACUAAAGAGGUUAUUGGAUGCGGGGUGUCUGCGUGCUGCAGUUGAACUAACAGGUCUACUAUUAACCUCUGGAGGUCAGGGAAAAGGUCAAGCUGGGAUGCCUUCGAGACACACCCCUCAUCUAAUGCAGGUAUGGUUUACCAGGAUUUCAGUGUUGAUAAAGCUACAGCAGUUCACCGCAGCAGAACAAGAAUUAGAUGCGUUUGGUACAAUGGAUAAACCUGAUCUAUUCUAUGGCUACUACCCAGACCUCUACCCCGGUAGACAAGGUUCUAUAGUGCCUUUUUCAUUUCGUUUGAUCCAUGCCGAGUUAGCUAUGCAUGUGGGCAAGCACCAAUUGUGUUUGGAUAGACUCUCUGCCAUUUUAUCUGUUUGUCAAAAGAUUCUUCAGAAUCUCAGAGAUGGGAAGUCAGAGUAUGGACGAUCUAUAGAGCUCUCGGAAGAGAAUAGAAAAGCAUCUUUGGUUUUGUGGGAAAGUAGACAAAUUCGAGUUCUUCAUUCAGUAGGAAACUGCCUAGUCAGUAUGAAGGAGUACAUGCAAGCAGUGAAUGUGUUCAAGUCAUUGGUAAAGAAAGAACCAGAGAAUGAAAUCAACAUCAUGAGUGGUAUUGCCAGGGUCUAUCUUCAGCUUGGUGACUUGAAGUCUGCCCAAGAUGUGUACAGUGAGAUUGAGAAGAAGAUUACCGCUGCUGGGUCUUCGGUCAAAAAUGCUAGAAUACAUAUCAACAGAGGUUUCCUGAAAGUAGCCCAGAAUCAGUAUGCAGACGGCUACAAGCAUUUCAAUGAAGCACUCAAGAUAGACCCUACAAACUUCAUGGCCAUCAACAAUGUCUCAGUAUGCUGCCUGUACCUGGGCAAACUAAAGGAGGCGCUCUCACUUCUUGAGAACCUCGUGAACAAAGAUAGCAGCGAGUUCUUAGACGAGUCUCUCAUCUUCAAUCUCUGCACACUUUAUGAACUAGAGUCCUCAAAGAGCAUCGUCAAGAAACAGAAUCUUCUAAGUCUUGUUAGUAAGCAUAAGGGGGAUGGGUUUAAUGUCAGUUGUCUUAAAAUGCCAUAGCUCGUCCCCAGUGUAAAGCAAAACUUGUGUAUGAAGUCUGCUUGAUGGAAAAAGAUCGUCAGAGGCAUGGCCAGUAUUCUAAGGUCUUGUUUCACAUUGGCCAUUGUCUAAACUCUCUGUGCUUAUUCUUUUCCAUAUCCUUGCCUCAAGUUGGUUUUAUUCACUCAAGCAAUUGAUAUAUGACCUGUAGGAAUUGAUUGAAAAUCACUCAAUCCUUGUCCAGAUAUGAAGUGACAGAGCAAAUAAAGUUUAGGGCAUACUCUACGAUCCGUUCGCAAUUCAAUUUUAGGGGGGAAAAUCGUAAUAGCAUUUUGAUAUGAAGAUUCCAAACUGUUAAAUAUUAGCAAUCAAAGUUCUGAAUAGUAGUAUGAAUACUAAAAUAAAAAUAUAAUUCUCUUGCCGUGCACCCUGGAAGACUAACAGCUCAAUUCUAAAUCAUAGUGGUGUCAUGGUCAUAUUUGGAAUGGGCUACAUUGGGAGCCAAUAUGGACUUUUUUUCUACCACACGACUUUGCAGUAAAGUAGAAUUUAGGUCCUAGUAUUCUUAACAUUCAUCGUGAUCUUCAAAUAAGAUGAAUAUAAUUGAACUGUCAUAUUUAAUGAAAAAUGUAUUUGUUGAAAAAUUGGUUCACAGAUGGGUCGUACAGUGGGUGCACAAGUCUGAACAGGACUUUAUUUUAAUGAAGAGUGCAAUAUUUAUAUAAUAUUGACUGGCUUCAAAGGAAAUGUGUAUGGUAUCUGCCGAAAUUCAACACCAGUCAAUAUAAUAUAAACUUCAACUAUAUGUGUAAAGGCCACCGCACACCUUACGACUGUUCGCGAUCCAAUUUUGGAACAAAUCGCAUGUUGCUCAUUUUCUAAAAAUGUGAAUGGAACAUAUCAUUUUCUUUGAGGUUUAAAUUAAUUGAAAGAAUACUAACAUAACCAUUUUGAUAUAUUGCAGGCCUUUAUUUCGGAGUAAAGGCCAAAUUAGUUUCAGAUCGUGGCCAAUCGUACUACUGCUAUGACGUCAUUACGACUAGAUAUUAUAUUCUCUUUUAUUCUAAGAAGGAUGAUAACAUAGUCACAGAUUUGAUCAUAGGUAUUCGUACGAUGAUUUAUAACAUUACACAGUAAGAUAUUCCAAGUCUCAAUAUUAGCAUCAAAUUCUACAACAUUUUAUUCUGAAAUCGGGUCGCAGACCAGUCGUAAGGUGUGCGGUCGCCUUAAUUCAAGCUAUUAUUUGGAGCAAUUUUUAUGCAGGUUUGUCUGUUGGUACUUCUGAGUUUAGGUUUUUCAUGAAGUAAUCCAAGCAAAGUAAUUGUGACGUAAAUCGUUACCAAACUCAGUGGCACGCACAUACACUAACACGUACAUAAUCUUGGGCUUGAUCGGCAGGGGUAUAUGGAUAUCAUAAUCAUGGAAUGAUAAUUUAGUAGGAAAAUAACAAAUAUUGCAGAUGGGUGUAUGAAUAUCAUGGUUAUCAGUCAUAAAGGUGAGCUGUGGCUGGGCCGUUGUGACACAUUUUUUUGUUGAGUUACAUAAUAAAGCAGACAAAAUAUGCGUCAA